AUGGCCAUUUCAAGCGUCUCCGCGCAUCCCGCCCACAUAUACAACGAUCAACCCAGCCGACGAUACCUACCAUCAUCUCCCCCAACCCUCCCAACCUCCCAAAAUGGUGUCCUGCCGAACGGCACCAUCAUCAACGCCUCCACUAACUGGACGAAACCCAGCGCCAUCAUCCCCAGCACCAGCACCGCCUUCAACUACACGGGCCCCUGCACCAUCUACGUCGUGCAAGCCGGCUACGGGGACCCGGCCACGUACUCCGCCUGGGCACGGGACGCGUCCGACGCCGCGAUCGGGGACAUGGGGGUCCGCAAGAUCGGGGCGACUGCGGAUUUCGCCGUGGGAGGGGGGAAGAUGAGUUUUGGGACGAUACCGCCGGCUUACGAGACGGAGCCUGCGAAGGUGGUGAUGAGCUGGGAGGCGUGGGGCAUGCCUGCGAUUGCGAUGUUUUUUGAACCGGUGUUGAGCGAGGGGAGUGCUGGGUGUGCGUUUGCGGGGGAUGCGGACGGGGAUGAGGUGACGUAUUUUGAGUGUACGUUUGGGUGUAGUCCCCAAGGGGAUUCGUAG